CGAUUCGAUUGAUGGUUCCGCACCACUUUUGUUUCUCUCAUAAAAACCAAUCUAGCAAUCAUACAAAUCCAUCAGCAAGCAAGAUUCUGCUUUAAGCUAGCUAACCGCCAUUAGCUACCUUCUACUAGUACCUGCUUUCAACUAUCUUCACCAUCCACCAUGAGUGUUUCUACUGCUGCUGCUACCUCUACUUCUAUGAGUACUACCCCCACCGGUACCGGUACUAGUAUGCUUGGUUUUAACAAUGGUGCCCUCCAAUGCUGGAACACCCGUGCUGUCUCUCGCCUGCAAAGUGGAGACGUGAGAAACUGCAUGCUGAUCAUCAAGAAUGAACUUACUUGUGUCCGAGCCAACUUGGUCAAGAUUGCUGCUGAUGCUACUACUGGUACCAAUGGGGAUUCUUCUGGUCAAGAGAUGAUGAUGGACCACCAAGAAGACCCACAAGUCGUCACUGCUGGCAUCCGCAGUGUUCCUCUACUCCCUCAAGACGAAGAAGGCGAAGAAGACGAAGACGAAGCCACCCAAAAGAUUUGGGAGUGCCAGAAUAACUUGUUUUCCUUGUAUCCUCGUGCCUUUGUCAUGGACUGUGAUGAUACUAACGAGGAUAGCAGCAAGGCAGACUCCAGUACUACUUGCUAUGUCUACCUGUCCGUGCUCUUGUACAACUUGGCAUUGGCGCACCACAUGGAGGCAGCUCAGCUCCACAAGAAUGGUCGGCCGGAAUACCUCAAGUCCCUCCAGAAUGCCCGUCAUUUGUACAAGUCUGCUCUCGAAGUGGCAGAUUCCUCCUGGAGUGCUGCCGAUCUAGAAGCACAACGUUCUCUCUUGUUGGCACUCCUCAAUAACUUGGGAUUCAUCAGCUCCCACACACUCGACUUUUUGGAGACGCGUCAUUGCAUGCAAAUGAUGUGCGAACUCAUGGACAUGGAAACCGCCAUGCCGUGUGAUGCCCACACCAGUGUGUCUGACAAAGACUUUGAACUCUUCUUUACCAGUGUCUUUACGUACAUGGAUGCUCCGGAUCUCAAUGCACUGCUUUGCUUGGCACCAGCUGCCUAGAAGCAAUACAGCCAAUAGGCAGGAUCAUCAUCAUCCAUCCACGGGGGGGAACCAUGCACUCAACCAGAAGCUUACACAUAGAUUUAACUCAAAAUUCUUAUAGAUUAUACCUGCACAAAA